ACUGACGUCACAAGUCACGUGUGUGUUUGUGAAGCUACAGUGGCGUUCACAUCAUCAGUUUGGCCAUAGAUUCGCAAAAUGGACACAGAUUAUGCUGAAUAAACCUCACCACAGAAAGAAAGUUCCUGUGCGUCAGUACCGACUCCCGCUGCAGCGAGGAUGUUUCCCAGCCUGGCCGCCCACAGACCGUGGCAUGUUUUCCGCAGGGUCUCAUUGCAACAGAGAUCGUCCCUGUCACAGCGGCCCCCGAGGUUUCCGCAGCUGUGCCACGGUUGGCAAAGCGGAGGGCUACACAGCGUAUGGUUCAGCCUCCCAGACUGCCGUGUAGUUUCUCUAGGGUUGGGCAAGGUCCAGUAUUACUCUACCUCUGAUACCGGUAAAGAUGGGCCCCCAAAACCACCAUCGGGUGAUGCCCCCUCUGCAGCAAAGGUUUUAUCUGGUGCUGCACAAGCCAGCCCAGAAUCACCAGGUGCAACACCUAAGGGUCUGACUAAAGCAGAGACAAUUCAAGUGAAAGUUCGUGCUGUCCUGAAGAAAAGGGAAUAUGGAGCCAAAUACACUCAGAACAACUUCAUCACUGCAGUCAGAGCGAUGAAUGAGUUCUGCCUUAAACCAAGUGAUUUGGAACAACUCCGGAAGAUCAGAAGGCGCAGCCCCCAUGAUGACACAGAGGCUUUCACUGUCUUCCUGCGCUCAGACGUUGAGGCCAAAGCACUAGAUGUUUGGGGAAGCCAUGAAGCUCUGGCCAGAGAGAGAAACCUCAGGAAAGAGGUGGAGCGAGAGUACCAAGAGAGUAGGUUUUUAUCUGUUAAAUACAUAAGGCAGUAAUAAUGUCUCUUAUCUUUCAUAAAGCCACGAUCAGGCCAGAGGACGACAUUUCUACAAGGGCCAGGGAAGGUGGUCAUGGUUGCUAUUUGCAUAAAUGGGCUGAAUUUCUUCUUCAAGCUCCUGGCUUGGGUCUACACUGGAUCAGCUAGCAUGUUCUCUGAAGCCAUCCACUCUUUGGCCGACACGUGCAACCAGGCUCUGCUCGCUCUGGGAAUCAGCCAGUCUGUCCGCAACCCAGAUGCCGUGCACCCAUAUGGCUUUUCCAACAUGCGCUACAUUGCCUCCCUCAUCAGUGGGGUGGGCAUUUUUAUGAUGGGAGCAGGCCUCUCUUGGUACCACGGCAUCAUGGGAUUGCUGCACCCGGAGCCCAUCGAGUCUUUGUUAUGGGCUUACUGUAUUUUGGCGGGCUCUCUGGUGUCUGAAGGAGCCACGUUACUGGUUGCCAUCAAUGAGAUAAAGAGGAGCGCCCGCCAGCAAGGAUUGUCUUUUUAUGAAUAUGUGAUGCAGAGCCGAGACCCCAGCACCAACGUGGUGCUGCUGGAGGACGCUGCUGCUGUGCUGGGAGUUAUUCUGGCUGCUGGUUGCAUGGGGCUCACCUCACUUACAGGUAACCCGACCUAUGAUAGCUUGGGCUCUCUUGGCGUUGGCACGUUGCUGGGCGCAGUCUCCGCCUUCCUCAUCUACACUAACACAGAGGCCCUGCUGGGACGCUCCAUACAGGCUGAGCGCGUGCAGAAGCUCACAGAGUUUCUGGAGAACGAUCCUGCUGUAAGGGCCAUCCACGAUGUGAAGGCCACGGAUAUGGGACUGAGUAAAGUGCGCUUCAAGGCUGAAGUUGACUUUGAUGGCCGCGUGGUGACACGUUCUUAUCUGGAAAAACAAGACAUUGACCAAAUCCUCAACGACAUUCAGCAGGUGAAAACCCCGGAGGAGCUGGAGAACUUCAUGCUCAAACACGGAGAGAACAUCAUCGACACCCUGGGAGCUGAGGUGGACCGCUUGGAGAAAGAGCUCAAACAACGCAACCCAGAGGUCCGUCAUGUAGACUUGGAGAUACUAUAACAUCCCGAAAUGCCACGAAGAAGAAGCUGGAAGGAUGGCCGCGCCUGCCUCUGCAAACUGCCUCUUUCUGACUACAAAACAAACACAGACAACAAACCCGCACAACUUCUCAAGUCUUACUGUAGAAUAGUCCAGAAGGAUGAGCACAGUGUUCGAGCAGCUAUGCCCGAGCUUCAGUCUGGGAUCUGUGAGUUCACCCUGCCAGAGAUCCACUUUCACAUUCCAGUGCGAGUGUUUCUGGCAGAAGACUGACGCUGUCAUUAGGCUCCUUGAAUUCGCACACAAACUACGACAGCGUCGUCCACCGGCUGGUUGCUUAGACUCACAUUCCUCCAUAAAGGUGUCACGAUGUGGGCUCAUGUCUGUGUCUGAAGCGAGAACAGGACCAGUGUCGUUUACUAGACUUUAAUGAUCACAGUGAUAGAGUUUCCUUUAUUAGUGCAGAAGGAAACCAAAGAGCUACAAUUUCAACCCAGACUUAUUUAAUGACUAGACAAUGUUAGAGGUUUUUUCUUUCUGUUUCCUUUUAAUGUAAAACUGAAGACCGCAGGUUCUCUAAUGAAGACAGAAUUUGUGAUGAAUAGAUUUUUAUUGCGAUUAUAGAAAGUCAAAUGGUAUUAUUGAGAUAUUUGAUUUAAUAGGUAGAGUGGAUAUAGUAGGACUUGAUGUUAUGAAUACAAGUUGUCUAACCUGGAUUUGCAGAGUUUCCACCAGAAACGUUGACAGGCCUGAGCAGCAGCACUCGAUAAGUCCGGGUUGUGUAAAGUUUUAUCACUUUUUUUUUUUACAUUCGAUCGGCUUUACAUGAUUCACAGUUCAAAAUAAGCCAGUCUCCCACACUGGGCCUUGGUGCAGGCCGGCAUUGCAUCCUCAGUCUCAAAUGAGCUGUUUUAUCCUGGUUACUUUAAGCUAACCGUCUUUUGAUUGGCUGCCCUUCAGCAGAUGGCUUAAACAUGUGGGCGGGGCUUCUCUGCUCACAGAGCUGUGUUCCUGCAAUGGCCAUUUUGGGAGGACUGGCUCGCUAUGUCAUCAUACAUGGCAAAACAAAAAGAAAGCUUCUGGCACACGGGGGUUACUUGUGCAUAUGCUGACCUCAUUCUUUGAAAGCUUUGCCAUGUUUAAUAUGAUCCUCCACCAUAAAUAUAGGACAGGAGGACAAGCACAGGAGCCCUGUGACACUGAGGAACUGGACAGCUAGCACUACAUCUCCAAACACAAGCGAGCAAACAGCCUGUAUCAGCAGGAGAGAUCAAGAUGAAUGCUCACAUAAUCCAAGUGUGACUGAGAGUCAAAUAUCAGCUGAACACCAUUAAGGCAUAACGUUUGUCCUGCUAACUCUUUCAAACAGCUGUUUUAUAUGUAUAAUGUAUAUGUAUACACCAGCUGGCAGAGUUGGGAGCCUAAUAAGAUCCAGUAGCUAACUAACAGUUGGCGCUUUUAAACCAGGUUGGGCCGCUGGACUUAAUACAGUUUGGAAACCCUGCACUGUAUUAUUGUUCUCAUUUAAUGGGUCAUAAUCUUAAACAAGCUCUGAUGACGACAUCACUGACUUUACAUCUCUAAACGCUGUUCGUAGGGUUAGAAAUUGUCUCGUCACGUGACUGAUUGUAUUGUUCCAAAGACAAAAUGCAGAAGGAAUGCAAAUGUCCUCGCCUCUUGUCCACGGUGUAUAAAUAAGUGAUCUCUAAUGAAGACGAGUGGACCAGCUACCUUUGAUUUCUUUUUCUGUUUUUUGAAGUCCACCAACAGCUGAAAACUUUGGCAUUGUCACCCUGUGGAGCAUGUGGCAAAAAAGUUACUCCUUCAUAAUGUAUCACUAAUAUUCUGUAUAAACCGGACUGUGAUGCUGUGUUUGCUUGUCUUUGUUUGCCGUUGACACAUGAUCAACUUGCCAACGUGCUGUCAUGCUGCAGGAGGGCCGCAGUCAUUGCGCCUUGGUUGGGAAGGCAGAUCUGUGUUUCUGAAGGUGAUUGUGAACUGUUUCUUCUUGGGUCAUAACGAGGACGCUACUGUUGAAGGACAUGGGACGAAUAUGAGAUAAUUUAUUAAAUUAUUUUUGGUUUC